AUGAACGCAGCUCAAGCAGGCAGAGUCGGAGAGAGCAGUAUCCGGCUGCUGCAGCUGGCCGGCUCACUCGACGGCGUCGUAGCCGUCGUCGGGGAGUAUCCCCAGACAUGGCCAGGCGACAACCGCUUAGACCAGUUCGUCAUACACGUCCUCGCCGACCCCGAGGCGGCAAGCGGCCAGCUACCAGCUGACCAAUAUCAAUUCGUGAUCGAGGAGCCUACCGAACAGGCACACUGGGUCGUGGACUACUGGACGUUCCAGAAGGGGUUUUACAGCUAUGACAAGCGCAGGCUGCAGUUUGGGCACACAUCGGCCGUGGAUGUGUUCGUGCAGGCGCCGGAUGCCACCCCCAUGUCCGGCUACGAGGCGGCCCUGCAGCGCUUGAAGAUCCUGGUGGGCGAGGCUGUGUCGCGUGGGCUGCGUGAUCUGCGCAUCGUCAUAUCAGCAACUAACCCACAGACCUUACCGACCCACAGGUUCUCGGAUUCAAGGGCCAGGGAACAGCAAGAGCUUGUCAGCCGCUGUAUGCAGGUUUGUCAAGAACUCACUGACCAUGUUGAUCUGGAGUUGCGCAACGUCGACUCGCUCCGCAAUUUCUUAGGCCCGACGAGCAGCUUGCGGGGCUGUACAUUUCAGGACCAUGAGAUUCCCGAGUGGUAA